AUGGACACGAACGACACCAUGAAGCAGGGGCUUCCCCAUCUCCCGAACGAAAUCGUUCUUCUCUUCGUUGAAGCCUUCCUCGACGACUUUGAAGCCGGGCAAUCUGUUUCUCCAGUUGCCUGGGCCUUUAGAGGCAGUCUCAAAACCCCGAUGGUUUUCACCCUGCGCGAACUCAGAACGCGGGGUUUAUCGCCAUACCGGAACACCGCCGUACACCGAAACUUCCUCCUACAUAACAUGUCUAGAGUCAACCACCAAGUCCGCGAUAUGAUCCUCAAGCGCUUCCCAAGAGUGCCUGCAGAACUUGGUCGGAGCAUCUAUGACUACAGAAUUCGCAAGGACGAUUUUUGCAAGCAGAACAAACUUCACUGGGUUCAUGUCUGCCUGGCUUCCGACAUCUUUCAGCUGGCGUACUUGGAGAAUCUUUGGGUUGUUCCGGGAGAGCCCCGCUAUGAUGACUGCACGGCACUCAUGCUUGCAAGUCGGCCACAGAUGAACGCUUCGAUGCUCGCCCACAUCCAAAACCUCCGACUCUCGCUUUCUUCGUUCAACAUUGGCACGGAGCUGCACAACUUUCAGAAUCUGCCGAACCUCAAGACCAUCGUUCUGUCGAGCAAGCGAGACAUAGCACUUAUAGAGACGAAAGAGAAGUACGCCGACGGUCUCAUACCUUUCAACAUUGGUCUAUAUCCCAGCCUCGGGUUUUUGGGGACAAGCUGCUCCAUCUGGGAACCUUUCUGGAAGCGAGGUAUCAGGAUCUUUGUCCAUGAUCAAAAUGAAACUUGGUCCACAUGCUCGGAAUACUUCGCGGAGGUGGUUCAGUUCGACAAUGGGGUUCGCAUGAAACUUCUCAUACCCGGUAACAAAUGA